UCGCUACGCGGGGGGGUGUCGCCCGUUUGGUUUUCCCCGUAACUUUUUGGAGGAUAUAUUCACAUAUAUAUCCCUAUUUUUCUGCUAUUGGAUGACCGUCGACUCUGAAAUAUUUAUGCCUAAAAGCAAAGCGCCAAAAAUGGAUGACUUGGACUACAUCCCAGUAGACCUGAGCCCAGAGGAGCGCUCUGAGCUGGAGGACAUCCGUAGGAGGAAAGGCGCCCUACUGCAGGAGAUCCAGAGGCUUAGAGAGGAAUUACGAGAAGCCAUUUUAGAGGUGGAAGGUCUGGAGACCAGCACAGAGGGCAGUAAAACACUCCAGAAAAGCAGGCAUGUGGCAAUGGGAAGGAAGAAAUUCAACAUGGACCCCAAAAAGGGCAUAGUGUUUCUAGUUGAGAAUGAGUUGCUCAGACACACCCCAGAGGAUAUUGCUCAGUUCCUUUACAAAGGCGAGGGCCUCAACAAGACGGCUAUAGGGGAUUACCUUGGAGAAAGGGACGACUUCAACAUCAAAGUCCUGCAGGCCUUCGUUGACCUCCAUGAGUUCACUGACCUCAACCUAGUCCAGGCCCUCAGACAGUUCCUGUGGAGUUUCCGUCUGCCUGGUGAAGCCCAGAAGAUAGACAGGAUGAUGGAGGCCUUCGCUCAGAGAUACUGUCACUGCAACCCCGGGGUCUUCCAGAGCACUGACACAUGUUACGUGCUGUCCUUUGCCAUCAUCAUGUUGAACACCAGCCUCCACAACCCCAAUGUGAGGGACAAGCCUGGGGUGGACCGCUUCAUCUCCAUGAACAGAGGCAUCAACGAGGGAGGGGACCUGCCAGAGGAGCUACUUAGAAAUCUCUAUGAAAGCAUCAAAAAUGAGCCCUUCAAGAUCCCCGAGGAUGAUGGCAAUGACCUGACACACACCUUUUUCAACCCUGACAGAGAGGGCUGGCUUCUCAAAUUGGGUGGACGCGUGAAAACCUGGAAACGACGAUGGUUCAUUCUCACAGACAACUGCCUCUAUUACUUUGAAUACACUACAGAUAAAGAACCACGAGGUAUCAUUCCUUUGGAGAACCUCAGUAUCCGGGAGGUUGAAGACCCAAGAAAACCGAACUGCUUUGAGUUGUACAUCCCCAAUAACCGUGGUCAGCUCAUUAAGGCAUGCAAGACGGAGGCGGACGGCAGAGUGGUAGAAGGAAACCACAUGGUGUACCGUAUCUCUGCCCCAACCCCCGAGGAGAAGGAUGAGUGGAUCCACAGCAUUAACUCUGCUGUCAGUGUGGAUCCUUUCUAUGAAAUGCUUGCCGCCAGGAAGAAACGUAUAUCCCUGAAGAAGAAGGAGGAACAACCCUAGAGAAUUCUCUCCAUUUGUCCUGCCCUUUCCCUUUUUUUCCUUCCCAACUCUCAUUCCAACAUUGGGCACAUGGGUUUUUUUUUAUCUCUCUAGUCCUGUCCAGUUAUAUCUAUUCAUCAACUGAUACCCGACUUUGCCCCAUAUUCCCAAUCCAUCCUCUCUCCGAUGUGAGGACUCCUUGCUAUCCUGUUUAUAAGACUUUUGAAAGGCACAUUCAGAGUAAUGAACUCAUGCACUGUGGCUGCCUCUACUUUCUUGGUAGUGCUACUACUGCUAGGAUAUCAAAUUUGACACACUAAAACCAGAGCACACUGUCUUGUCCCUCUACUCACUGCAUUCGUCUCUUGUUCGACAUCGAAAGGAAAUGUGACAUUUGUCUUAAUUCAGGGUAGCAGGUGGCUUCAGUACUCUGUUAAUAAUCUUCUGUUGCAUUUAUAGAAAGCUCAAUAGUCUAGAGAGGUCACAUUUUCCCUUUGCUGUCUUGAGGGCUUUAGAUGCUUCCAAGUUGACAAACUUUUGAGAUUGUGUUGUUCGGAAAGACUUACGGAGCUGGCUAAAGUAAGGGACGCAAACCAAGUAGGGACUCACUUUUGACUAUUGAGAUGUACCCGUUGUUCUCUAUUGUACUGUUAAUGGCUUAACUACAGCUCAGUAUGUCUAUACUAGCAUGUAUAAUAGUCACACUUAAAUACUAUAAUUGUUCUGUGAGGAAAAUGUCACUGUUCAUUCUUGUUUUUGUUACAAACAUAUUGAAUUGCCAAGUUAGGCCUGAUUUUUACGUUUUGGCUGAUGGCAAGGCAAGUUUUUUUUUCUGCCAUUUGAAUGUGGUUGACACAAAGACUUGCGACUUUCUUUGGAGCAAGUUGGUUCUGGCUUAUUGACAUUUUUCUUAACAUAUAAGGACUAUAGUCAUCAAGUAUCGUAGCAUGGUACCAAUGUUGAUGGCUUGUUUAAUGCUUUUCUAACACUGUUAAGCAAUGAAUUACCCUCAUCUCAGCCUAAAUAAGAUGGCAUUAAUUACUUCUUGCUCAAGAUGAACACUACUCCAGUAUGUGAACACUGACAUCUUUCUCAUCAUAUUUACAAUAACUUCAUCUUUUCAGAUAUGUCACUCUUUAUCCCAGGUCUUUACACAAUAGUGGAUCUAAAAAAAGAAGUUAUAAUGGCAGCUUGUUAUAAUUUAUACUUUGUUUGUAAAUAGGUGUUAGCAUAUUUGGUUUUCGAUACGCAUAGAAAUUAUUUAAUUUAUUUUCUGUUUUGUUUUUUGCUCAACUUGGGUUUUUGUACAAGCUACUGUGGGACUGCAUGUUGGUCAGUUGAGGCAUCAUUUGUAGGUACCAGAAUCGUACUGGUUUUGGGUGAUUUGAGAACUGUUAGUGUUCCCUGUUGAUGCAAUAAUAUAAGGCGGUCUCCUUAACUCCUCUGAAUUUGCGAGCAAAGAUUGAAAUUACUCUUAACUUUAAAUCUUAUUCUGCUCAAUUUAGUUUUAAUCUGGUAAAUGAGAUAUUUUGUCAGCGGUUGAAGCAGAUGUCUAUUUUUUACCCUGGUGUUUAUAGUGGGUCUUGAGUGAAUCUAAUGCAGGAGAGCACAAGGGGUGAUGUGUUCUGCAGUCUGUUAAGGUAGCUAGCAUGCGGCGCUCGUUCCCUCGACGGGUGAAUUGGCGCCGUGGUGUCAAAACAGUACUACUAAAAGGCCAGACAAAUCACUCGGUGAUGUAAACUGAAAAAGUGGUAAAACGAGGAACACUAAAAAAAAAUGUCACGAUGUAAUAGGUAAGUUAUUCAAAUGUAAUGAAACAAUGUUACAAUAGCUAUGUGUCUGAUGGUACAUUUGCCUGACUUAACCCAUAGAUAGUUAACCGAUCAUUUGCAUUAGUUUGUCACUGAACUGACAUUUGUAGAUGUAGUUAGGAAAAAUGGCAGCGCUAGGAUAAUUGUCUACUGCACUUUAUGAAUAUUAGCAUUUUGGAGGCUUUUCCAAUGCUGUUCUUUUGACUGACAAUAUGAACUCUUAAGCGUCCUCUGUUUGGUGAUGUGACGAUACUGCACCCGGAAGUGUGCGCUAUGAACGCGAGGGAAAUGUAGCGCCGCCACCGGGUCACUUCUGGCUGUACCGACAGUGGCGAGAUAUUUGUCCCAACUUUUUGUAUUUGGUUGACGUCAUGUUGCAUCUCUGAGCCGCAUCGUUUUGCAUGAGGUGAACGGGGUCUUUCCUCUGAUGUGUUUUCAGACUGUAAAGGCAAGCUUCUCUGUCACACAAGUGUGUUUUUACAACGUGGCAAAUGGUCGGUCGUCGUGUCAGACGAAGGCUUUGCCAGUUAACUCUUCCACUGGACUAAAAAAAAACUAAAGCGAUUAGAUCCUUCUGUAACAUUUUGCUGUAGUAGCGUGGACUCCAU